AACAACUACUUCAAGAAAUUUUCCGAGAAGAAUACAAAAGAAUGAACUUCACCACCUCCUUCCUCCUCGCAAGCCGCGAAUGCUAUCACCUGGGAACCCCCCACCUCUGCGCCCGCGAAUUCACCUUCCCAUCCCGCGUCGAAACCUCACUAGCAUUCCUCCACGACCACGGCCGCGCCUCACCUCACCGCGCAAUCCACCUCAACCUGAAAUACGCUUUCCACACAAACGACGAGGCAUGGCGACACCUUUUCAACGUGCUGAUCCACGAGCGCCACGUGAAACGAGUGAAAGGUCACCGUGAGUGAGGAGUUCUGGGACUUCGCUCCCUCCCAUCUCGGACCUCACGCGGUGUGGGAAUGGAGUCGAAAGACCACUUCCUCGCGCGGACGUAAGCCACGCUCUUGGAUCGACCACCUUGCGCGUUUGCCUAUGAAGGCGAGGUUCGGGGAAUGGCUGGGUGAGGUGUGGCGUGGAGUUGACUUCUCCCCUGAAAUUUCUGGAUUUCACGAACUCGCUCGAUCGGGAGGCGUUUUCUGAGGGUUUGGAGUUGGCGGUGUCUAACCGUAGGAAUUCGGAUAGAAGGAGUCAGGUGCCGAUGAGACAAAAACCCGGGUUUUGUGAGGAGACGGGGUUGGAGUACUCUUGUCAUUGGGAUAUGAAGAUUUGUCGGUGCAGGGGGGAUUUUUUUGGUCGCUUUAUGAUCAGAAUUGGAUGAAGGAGAAGGAAUGAUUGGUGACUAGGUUUGCAUGUGAUUGAUGGUGGAGAAUGAAUAUCCAAUUGAACUUCGCUCUAAAGUGUAGUCCUAGCCCCAUCGACUGGCAACUCAAGCAGACUUUCGUC